AUGAAGUUUGAAACUGCUAACUACACCAUGGAUUAUCCAAUCUAUGGUGCAAAAUUUAUAAACAAUUCAAUUUUAUUGAUCGCAGGUGGUGGUGGCGAAGGUGCAAAUGGUUUACCAAACAAAAUAACCGCUUUAAACGUGAACUUCAAUAAAAAAAAGAAAAUCAUAAAGAAGUUCCGUGAAUUAAAAUUGGAUGAUAACGAUGAUUCUCCGACCACUCUAGAUUAUUCAGAUGGUGUUAUUUUAAUUGGCUGUAAUGAAAAUUCUGCAAACAUUAAAAAUGGCGAAAAUAAACAUUUAAGAAAGUUUGUUUACGAAAAUGAACAUUUAAAAUUUGUUGGUAGUUGCGACUAUAACCGUAGUUGUAAUCCAGAAGAUUACACCAAAUUAACAGUUAUAUCUAAGGACGGUACUGCAGCUGCAAUUGCUUCUUCUUCCUUACCAACAAUUAUACGUGUUAUAGAUCCUCGUACUUUAAUGGAAAAAUAUGAAAUUGAGACUGGCAAUGAUGUUAAAGAUUUGCAUUUUUCUCCUGAUAGUAAAGUACUAAGUUAUAUUACUGAAAGCACCUUAGAAGUCAUUUCUUUAGUCACUGGUAGAUUUAUUGUUCGUAAAACCGAUUUUAACAAGGAUUGGGUUUUAUCGAAGAUUAGAUUUAUUAACGAUGACGAACUUAUUAUUGCAGCAUCCUUGAAAAAAACGACUGGGGUUGUUUUAAGCGUUGUUAGCGUGAAAAGUGGUUCUAUUUCCAUGUUGAAAUCAAGAGUAGUCACAAAAAAAUUCAAGGGUGUAACUUCGAUGGACAUUGACGCAAAAGGUGAAUUGUGCGCGUUGGCUGGUAAUGAAAAUUCUAUUGCUUUAAUCAAAUUAAGGGAUCUGAAAGUUGCAAAAUUUUUUAAAAACGUUCAUGCUUUUGCUAUCACUAAAAUUUGUUUUUCCCCCGAUUCCCAAAUUUUGGCAAGCGUCUCUGCAUCGAACAUUGUGCAUUUGAUUAGAAUUCCUGCCAAUUGGAGUUCCUCUAUUUCCUUGUCUAAAAAGAUUUUCAAUUACUUCAUUAAUAUUAUUUUUAUUGUUUUAUUAUCAUUUAUCGCCCAACUAGCUUAUAAAAAUAACGUGCAUACUAUUGUCUACAAAUGUACCAAGGAUUGGUACAAUUCAAGGAAAAAGGGUGAUUCGUCCUCGUAUUUUACCAUUAACGAUGGAUUAGAACAGGUUACAUUAAUUAAAGAUAAAGAUUUUGUUUCUACUGUUGGUACUGAUAUUCCUAGUAAUACAAUAUCUAGUGAGACAUUUGAUAGUCUGUUUUUAAAUGAUUUAACUGAUAAGCACGAUAUUGUAACUGAAAAUGAAAUAAUGUCAACUUCUACAACUUAUUCAACUACAAGUGAACACAUUAGCACUAUAUUGACAAAUAAUAACAUUGAAACUUUGGCUACUGCACCAAUUGAAGAGGGAAAAGAAGAUACAUUUGUAAGCACUCUGCUUGAAACAAAGUCUGAUAAAAGCUUUAGCAAUACUAUCCCAACUACCUUUGACCAUGAAGGUGAUCUUAAUAAUAUCACUGAAUCUACCAUCGAGUACCAAACGUUUAUAACUGAUAAUUUAGUCUCCGGUACCUCUUUCACUUCUGAGAUUGCAUCGGAUACUUUUCAACCAGAUACCACAAGCUCUCAACUUGCAUCCGAUACUUUUCAACCCGACACUACGGAUGUCGAAAUUGAACCUCCUUUAAAAACUACUGCAAAAAAGGAUCAGGGUAAUAUUCAGUCAUCGAUUAGUGUCCCCACAGAAAUUAUAACCGGAGAAACUGGAAUCGUUACAAAGGAAGAAGCAACUACUACUCAGCCAUUAUUUAGUAUCUCCACAGAAACUGAUAUUAAAGAAACGGAGUCUGUUACAAAUUACAUCAAUACUAUUAAUGAAAUAGAAAGCAACACCGCUGCUGUUAAAAUUGAAACUGCCUCUACCUAUCAACAGCCAGCCGUGGAAUCUGUAGAAUAUAGUUCGCCUUCUACUGAAACCGAAAGCACGAUAAUAUCUUCUGCUGCAAGAAUGCAUACCAUUAGUACGGACCUCGAACCAAUUAUUAAUGAUGUUUCUCCUUCUUCUUCUCCUUCUUCUUCUCCUUCUUCUUCUCCUUCUUCUUCUCCUUCUUCUUCUCCUUCUUCUUCUCCUUCUUCUUCCUCCGAUGCUACUUUUAUUACUACCACUUCUACUGUUAUCUCCAAAGAGGUUAUAUUAGAAACUGUUGUUAAUGAAAGCGCAACUAUUUCUGCUAACCCAAUUACAACUUCAGGUAUUUUGCUAGAGUCCGAAAAUGAAAUUGAAGCUGAAAUUGAAAUUGAAACUGAAGCUGAAGCAGAAACUGAAGCAGAUGCAGAAACUGAAACCGAAACUGAAACCGAAACCGAAACUAAGACAUUGACCACCGUUAUAUAUGAAUCAACCUAUUCGGAAAUAAACAAUGAAACAACGCUACCCGUGGAAACAUCUGGUCAUGUGGCAGCUGCUUCUGGUUCUAUUAAUAAUUCUACAGUUGAAGAAGAGACUAUAGAAAUUGCUUUUCCAGAAAAAGAUAUUUCUAAAGUCUUAACCACUGAGAAUACAAAAGAUAAAACAUUUACAGAAACUAUGAGCAAUAAAAAUGAAAAUAUUGUAACAUCUUACAAUGCACCAUCCAAUUCAUAUGAAAUCAAUGACCAUAUUGGAGAAGAAAAUGUUUUGAUUCCAGAUAAUGAUUUAGGAUCUACCGAUGAUAUCAAUCAAGCUCCCUCUUUUGAGCAUGAUGAACUAUAA